CCCCCUUCCUCCCCCCAGCCGCACAGCCCCGGCCACUGGAAACCAUGGGAGAGAUCCCUACGCUGGUGAAAAUCAAUGUCUCUCUCAAGAUCCAGCCGAACGACGGGCCGGUCUAUUUCAAAGUGGACGGGCAGAGGUUCGACCAGAACAGGACCAUCAAGCUGCUGACCGGGGCCAAGUACACGGUGGAGGUGGUGCUCAAGCCAGGGGUCGUGCAUGCCACGACCAUGGGUAUUGGAGGAGUGACUGUCCCCUUGGAAGAGAAAUCAAGAGAUCCCCAGGUCGUCUGUUACACUGGAGUCUAUGAUACAGAAGGAGUGCCUCAUACCAAAAGUGGGCAAAGACAGCCUUUACAGGUCAACAUACAGUUUAGUGACAUCGGCACUUUUGAGACAGUCUGGCAAGUCAAAUUCUAUGACUACCACAAACGAAAUCAUUGCCAAUGGGGAAACGCUUUUGGUAGCAUCGAGUAUGAAUGCAAACCCAAUGAGACACGCAGUCUUAUGUGGAUCAACAAAGAACUGUUCCACUGAAGAUGAACAAAGUGGACACUGCUGGACAAUAUUUAAAAAACAAACCCCACAACCUUUAAACCAGCACAAAGCCUUAACAAAGGCAUACUAUCCAGUUGCUUUGUCCCACAUGGUCCAAAUAAAAUGCUAAAUUAUAAAUACAGUAGGUGCCAUUAAACCUUGACACUUGCUACUUGCAGUAUGUAAACUUACAACGGUAUCUGCAUUACUCUUCAUCUUUGCAGUGGUGAUUUCUGCAGGCACCUUGUUAAGGUAAACACUGGUGCCAACUAGAUAUGGAUAAUACCUACUAAGCAGUAUCACUGGAUAUAAUACCCUUUGUGAAAUACCUUGCAUUAGUAAGAUUCAGCUGUAACUUCAUAUUAGUGAUGAUUUCUGUCUUUAUAUUUGUGUUGUCCUCAAAACAUGCUCCAUUGUGCAGUUUGUCUACGUCUUGUCUUGGUAGACAGCAGAAGUGCAAGUUUUGGAUGUUUGGAAAUUUAGGUGAAUGGUGGCUACUGCACUGUUGAAGUUGCAUUUUCAUAUUGGGAGACUUAGGCAUACUGAGUCUUCUCUUUCUGUUAAUGUUGUACAAUAUGCUGUGACUGGCUUUCCUAUUUCAAUGAGAUUUGGUAAAAUGUCACUCUUUUGCUAUGUUCCCUGGUUUCUGAAGUGAUUUUUUUCUAAAAAACUAAGCUACCAUGAAAACCAUUAGCAUAACAAAAUGUACAAACAAGCAAUAAAUUUGUGGUCUUAAACAUAAUUACAUAUCUAUUCAAGUUGCUGAUACAUAUCUUGAGUGUGUAUACUGCUCUAACAAAAUAUAAUGGUCACACCUAACGCUCUCUGAGUUGAUAGAGAAUCAUUCCGGUGAUAGCCUCUAUUUUUUUUUAUUUAUUUUUUUUAAGUCAAGGAAUAUUGCUCAAAUCAGUAGAAUCCUUCAAAAGAAAUGUUGAGGUGUGAUCACUGUACUAAAACUUCCAGACUUUUUUCAUAGCAGCCAGAAACCCUCAUGUAUGAAGAAAGCCCAGAUGCUGCAAAUGCUCAUGCAUGUGAGAGCAAACAACAGUCAAGUUGUAAGUAAAAUGCGUAAGUGCACACGUGUGCGUACACAUUGCAGGAUCAUGACUUAAGGUGCUAAGCAUGUAAUGUCUAAUGUUUACAGCUAAGAGGCACAGGGAAACAUAGAUCCAGAUCUCUGCUUUAUUUAUUGAAAGAUUGUAAACUACUAAUCUGUCCCACCUUCCAUCUCUGAUGGGUUCUCUAGGGUAUAUCAGUUGUUCUUGUAUCCCUCUGUGAAUAACUUUUAAAUCAUGUCUGUAAAUUGUAAUUGCAACUUUUGAUCUUUGUAAUAAAGGACUUGGAACCAA